AUGAAAAAAAGAAUAUUACUUGCCACGGACUAUAUAAAGACAUUAGAACUGGGCUGGGCAAGCGGUCAGUUCGUGUGCAAUCACUGCCAGGUUAAUCUGAGUGGACACCGUUACAUCCUACACGAUGAUAAAUCAUUCUGUAAGAAGUGUUACGAGAAGCUGUUCGCCAAUAUCUGCUCUAAGUGUAAGACUCCCAUUACUUGCGAAUUUAAGGAUCUCUCAUGUAAGAACAAACACUGGCACGACAAAUGUUUCCGCUGCUCUGGUUGUCUGGCCUCAUUGGUCGAGAAACCAUUCGCCUACAAAGAACAUCAACUCUACUGCGCCUCUUGCUACGAAAAUAGAGCAGGAAUGAAGAAGUACGAAUACAAGGGAAGACAGUGGCAUGCCGAAUGUUUCUGCUGCAAGGUCUGCCAGAAACUUAUCGGAACCAACAGUUUCGUGCCGAGGGCAGAUGAUAUAGUUUGCGUGCCCUGCUACGAAAAACAGUUAGGUCAGAACUGCCCCAGGUGCCAGCAGAUGGUUAAAAGAGGCGGAAUAAUAUACAAAAACACAACCUGGCAUAGAGAUUGUUUCCAAUGCAGUCACUGCAAAGAAUCCCUCGCUAACAAGAGGUAUACAUCUAUCGAUCAAAGACCUUUCUGUGUGGAGUGCUAUGGAGCGCUCUACGCAAAGAAGUGCAAGGAGUGCAAGAAGCCUAUAACAGGCCUUGAUGACGCGGCGUUCAUAGCGUUCGACCAGCAGCACUGGCAUAAAGACUGCUUCAAGUGUAGCAAGUGUGGUACGUGUUUGUACGGUCGGGGGUUCAUGACCGAAGAGGGCAACGUCAUGUGCCCGGAAUGUUGCAAGGAAGUUUGA